AUGGGUGACCAUAACGUACUUUUGUUACCGAAAAAUGAUCGUAAGGUAGUGUUCGUGACCGGAUGCGCCAAGGGCGGGAUCGGGUUUGAGUAUUGCAAGGCAUUCGCAGAACGUAAUUGCCGUGUGUUUGCGUCCGAUCUGCCGGGCCGCAUGCACGACAUGUCCGACCUCUUAUCGGAGGACGUUGAGGCACUAGAGGUUGACGUCUCAUCCGAUGAUAGUGUGGCAUCAGCUGUGGAGACCAUCAUAAAAAAGUGUGGCCAGAUUGAUGUUGUAAUCAAUAAUGCUGGGAUCAGUAGCACUGGGCCUCUAGCUGAGAUGCCAUUGGACAUAGUCCGUCAGGCUUGGGAGAUUAACACACUAGGGCAGCUGAGAGUGGUGCAACAUGUUGCACCACACAUGGCCUCUCGACGUAGCGGAUGUAUAGUGAAUGUAGGAAGUGUGGUGGGACUGGCACCGACCCCUUGGGCGGGGUCCUAUUGUUCUAGCAAGGCCGCAGUUCAUGCCAUGUCACAUGCGCUACGGGUUGAGCUACGGCCUUUUGGGGUUAAUGUUGUAUUAGUGUUGCCUGGGGCGAUACGGUCUAACUUUGGUAGCGCGGCCGUAGAGAGAUUAGGGUUGCAGGAUUGGAGACUGUAUCAUGAUUUUAAGGAGUCGAUAGCUGAGCGGGCUAAGGCGUCGCAGGGGGCUAAGGCCACAGAUGCGGGGUUACUUGCGCGACAUGUGGCAUCGAAAGUGCUGAGUCAGAAGCCACCUAAGCAGAUUGUUUUUGGGCACAUGACUGGGUUGUUUGCCAUACUGACAUGGUCUCCUUUGUGGGUUAGGGAUCUCUUCUUCUCUAAGAGAUUUAAACUCAAUAAGAAGCUGUGA